AUGUCAUUUUAUCGUUCACCAUCUGAUUCACAUAGUUCGUUCUUUAGUAAUAAAAAGAUACAAGCUAAUAAUAAUGAGGAAGCUAGCUCUUCUACCGUUGAUGAAAUUAAUCAGUCUCAAAAUGAUAUAGUUACUUCUUCAAAUAAUGAGGAAUCUUCUUCGCCUAACAGUAAAAUUUCGGAGAAUGUUGAGACUGAAAGUACUGUUCAAAAUACAGCAUCUCUCGAAUCAGAUACAUUUCAUACUUUCCAAAAUAAUAUUAAUGAAUUUGUUCGUCCACCAAGAAUUGAAGCUCAAUCUCGGGCAUCUUCAAUUGUAUCAAGUUCAACUAUUUCUACUGAACCGGAUAUGAAUGAACUAUUGGCUUUACCAAAUGACUCUACACAUAUGUACUCUUAUAAUCCAUUAUCUCCAGAUGCCUUAUCAUUAAGAUUAAACAUUUUGAAAAGGUCUCUGGAGUCAUUAAUAACUAAUCCAGAAGUAACAAGUCAUUCAGAGCAAAAUGACAAAUUAGAAUGUCAGUUUAAUAAUAGUUUCAAAGAUGGCUCAUCGAAUUUUGAGCAUGUCCAUGAAAUUUCUUCAGUUAGUUCUUCUGUGAGCUCUUCCAGCAAAGGAAAGCCUAAGUGGGAAAAAAGCUAUGAUAUCUUAAGAUCUCAAUAUGACUCUCCUAUUCCAAAAAUGUUCACAGAUAAGCAGCCCAUAUUGGAACGAUCAGUAUCCACAUUUGCUCCACAUCCCCAAUUCGCCUCGAAUUCACCAAAAAGACGUGUUUCAAUUGGCAGUUAUUUACCCUCUCAUGAUGAGCUUCAUUGCAUUUUUUAUAAUAAUCCUUCAGCGCAUCAUUCCACAGAAAUUGUAACCGCUGAUAAAUCAGAUUUAGUUAAUUUAUUAAGACUUUUAAAUGAAACUUUAGAAGGCCAUCCUCCAAUUGAUGCCCAAGAUUUGCAUGGUAUGUCAUUAUUUAAUAUAAACAAACUAAAUCUAACAAAAGAAAAUGCGAGAAGUAUAAAUUCAAAUUUAAAUAAAGCCUUACUAGAUAGUUUAGCUGAACCUUUUUUCGUAUACAACCAACCUUGUAAUGAUAGAAGUAUUUCUAGUUUUGAUGAUGUGGGCGUAUCAUUACAGGCUGUUGAUGAAACACAGAUUCAAAAUGAUAAUUUCUCAGAUAUUCUCCGACCACAGUUGAAUUAUGGUCGUAUAUUACGCCCCUUCACCUCAAACAAAAAUGUUGUCUCAAGUGCAACUUUUACAUGUUCUGAAGAAUACCCUUGGAAAUUUAAAGCUGUUAAUGAUUUAGCAUGUUUAGCAUUUGGUAUAUCGAAAAAUGUUUUAAAGGCAAUAAAUUUACUAGAUUUAAUUCAUAUGGAUAGUAGAAACUUUGUCUUGAAUAGAUUGCUAUCUUCCGAAGGGCAAGAAUCAGUUUUUACUGGUGAGAUAGUUGCAAUUGUCCAACCUAAUCACGCAACUGAUGAUUUAUUCUGGGCUUCUAUUUGGGCAAAGAGGAAAAAUGGUGUAAUUGUUUGUGUUAUUGAAAGAGUUCCCUGUGAUUAUAUGGAUGUUUUAUUAAACAUUAACGAUUUUUCUGUAGAUAGUGUUAUCGGUGGUGAAGGAUUAUUGUGGCAUGAUAUUGAGGCCAUACCUCCAAAAUCGGAAAGUAUAUCCCCACUGGAAUGUUCACCUAAGGAUACUACUCAUAUAUUUGAAAGCAGGGAAAAUUUAAUGAAAACUCCAACAAAAAGUAAAAAAUUAAAAGGUGUUAAAUUUGCAAGUGAAGUCCAUGAUAUUGCAACAAUUAGUAGUAGUUUAUCUCGCGAGAUUACAAAUGUUUUGGAAGGGUCUAGUUCUAAUAUAAAUGAUGAUUUGUUACCAUUACCUUUAAGAAUUUCAAAUCAUGUCAACAAGAUUAGAUAUUUUACGUUGAAUCAUUUAAGUUCAAAUAUACCAUGUGCAGUAUCUUCCUCGGUAUUAGAAAACGAGUUGAAAUUUAAGAUACAUAGUUUGCCAUAUAGUGCAGGUUUAUUCAUUAUUGAAUCUCAUUCAUAUGAUAUUUUGAGUUGUAAUAAAUCAGUAUCAAAAAAUAUAUUUGGCUAUGAAGAAUCAGAACUAAUUGGGAAACAAAUUUCUUUCUUAUUACCUAAUUUUGGUAAUAUUAUGGAUUAUGUUAGCAUUCAUUAUCCAAAAUUUGAUGUUAAGCAAAGAAAAAAUAAAGCUUUGGUUUUAUCUGAACACUUUUUCAGAAAAAUUCAAGCUGAAAUGGAUGGGAAUACGAAUGAUUUCUAUACUUCUGUUGGUAUUGAUGCAUUGCAUAGAGAUGGUAGUUACAUUAAAGUUGAUUUUCAAAUUAGAGUUUUAUCAACUAAUAUUUGUGUCCUCUGGAUUACUCAUUCUAGGGAAGUUAUUUUUACGAAUUACAGUUCGACUACUUCACAAUUGCAGAUGUUAAAAGAAGAAGAAUUGGCAUUUACUAGUACAAGUUCAAGUUCUACAGUUUCUUCGAAACCUUCUUCGAAACCAUCAUCCAAGCCAACGUCUCAAAAAUCUACUUGGAAAGUUCCUGUUGAUACAUUAAAAGAUUUGAGUAAACUUUCUAUAGAUGAAUCAGAUGGUAUUGUUAAACUAUCAACUGUGUCACACAAUGAUUUGGUCAAAGACGAUGAUAGUUCUCUCAGUGAAAGUAUGGUGAUAAAUGCAGUCAAUAGGGCAGGACGUCAAAAUAGUAUACACACUAUCAGUGAUUUGGACCCUGCCAGUAAAGAGCGUUUCGCUAAAGUUUGUGUGGAGGAUAAAUCCCAAUUUGUGAAAGAAAGUAACUUUAAAGUCGAUGAAAGUCUUAUAACAAUUUUAAGGAAACCACCAAAUAAUAAGAUUGAUUCAGAGACUAGUGAAAAUACAAUAUCAGAUCUCAAUAAGGAAUAUUCUCCGAACUCUGGAUUAACUGCUACCUUCAGAGAAACUCCGCAGACCACAAUUGGUGCUCAAAAAAGAACUAAGAAGAUUACAGAUUUUAUAAUCUUGAAAAAGAUGGGUGAGGGUGCUUAUGGUAAAGUUGAUUUAUGCUACCAUAAGAAGGAAAAAUAUAUCGUUGUAAUUAAAAUGAUUUUUAAGGAACGUAUCUUAGUCGAUACCUGGGUUAGAGAUAGAAAACUCGGCACAAUUCCUUCUGAAAUUCAGAUUAUGUCAACGCUCAAUAAAACUUCCAACAAAAAUAUAUUGAGCAUUUUAGACUUUUUCGAAGACGAUGACUAUUAUUAUGUUGAGCAGCCAGUACAUGGUAAGACGGGAUGUAUAGACUUGUUUGAUUUAAUUGAAUUUAAGACAAACAUGACAGAAUUUGAAGCGAAAUUGAUCUUUAAGCAAAUAAUCUCCGGUAUAUCCCAUCUGCAUGAAUCUGGAAUUGUACACAGAGAUAUUAAAGAUGAAAAUGUGAUCGUCGAUGCUAAAGGUUUUGUGAAACUAAUUGACUUUGGCUCUGCUGCAUAUGUGAAAAAUGGUCCUUUUGAUGUUUUCGUCGGUACAAUCGAUUAUGCUUCACCAGAAGUUUUGCGUGGUGAAAAGUAUGAAGGUAAACCUCAAGAUAUUUGGGCUUUAGGUAUUCUACUAUACACAAUUGUAUUUAAAGAAAACCCAUUUUACAAUAUCGAUGAAAUUUUGGAAGGAGAUAUGAAAUUUCCCGAAACUGAGAAUAUCAGUGCAAAUUGUAUCGAUUUAAUUAAAUUAAUAUUAAAUAGGUCGGCAUUAGAGCGUCCGUCUAUAACUGAUAUUAGUGAGCAUGAAUGGCUAAGGGUAUAA